AUGAAAAUCAUUUUAAAAGUAAUAAAGUACAUUUUGGCUUGUAUUACAAUGUUUUUCGAAAAAAAUCGUAAAAAAUAGUAAUCUUUAAAAAUAAUUGAAAAAGAAGAGAAUUAUGAAAAAUGGUUAGAAUUAGCAAGAGAACAUGAUUAAUAAGAUUAUAUAUAACAAUGGUUACAAAAGGAGGAGAGUAAUCUUUAUCAGUAUAAGUAUAUAAAGAGUUUGAAUCAAAAAUUGAAAUUAGCAAAAGGAGAAAAAAAUAUCCCUCUAAUAUGCCAAUUGGUUAGAUAAAAUGCAAAUAGAAAUGUAGGGAACAUACUUAAUCCAAAGCUUUAUACUCAUGCAUAUACAAAAACAAAGAACUUAAUAGAAGAAUUUUAAGAAGUAAAUAAUUCUUAAAAUAUUCUUAGGAAUACGAGAAAUGUUUAGAAUUUUUAUAUAACUCAGAAUUUCCUAACAAACUUCAAUUUUUUAAAGAGCUUUAAAAAGCAAUAGGAUAAACUGCUUUAUUGUUUUCAGGUGGUGCUAUAAUGGGAUUGUAUAGUUGUGGAGUAGCUAAUAUUUUGGAUAAAUUAAAUAUUUUACCUAAAGUGAUGACUGGUAGUUCAGCAGGUGCUAUAUUAGUAAGUUUGGCAGGAACAGCUACAGAUAUACAAACAAUUUUCUAACCAAAGUAUUAUGAUUAUUCUAUGUUUGAAUAAAAAUCUUAAUUUGAUAUACUAGAAAAAGUUAGUAAAUUAUUAACAAAAGGUUAUAUGUUAGAGAAAGAAUAGAUGAAACAAUUUUUAUAAAAAGCAUAUGGUGAUGUUACAUUUUUGGAAGCAUAUAAAAAGACAGGAAAAGUUAUGAAUAUUAUGGUAACAGGAAAAGAAUGUUCAUCAUCUGAUUGUUUACUUAAUUAUAUUACUUCCCCUAAUGUAAUAGUUUGGUCAGCUGUUUGUUGUUCUUGUUCUUUACCAGGAGUUUAUGGAGCUUCUCAUUUAUAUUACAAAAAUGAAAAAGGUUAAAUCUAUGAAGGAGAAAUUAAAUAUGUGGAUGGAUCAAUUAGUGCUGAUUUACCUAUGUAAUAAUUAGCAGAAUAAUUUAAUAUCAAUUACACUAUUGUAUCACAAACUAAUCCUUGGAUUUUUCCAUUUUUGACUUCUCAUAGAAGUGAUCAUUCAAUCAUUUAAAAGAUUAUUGAUAAAGUCUUAUAAUUUAUUUUAGGAGAAAUUAAAUAUAGAAUUUAAUAGAUUAUGAAUAUAGGAAUUCUUCCAAAAAUGAUAUGUAGGAUGUCUAAUCUAUUAACAUAAAAAUAUGAAGGAAAUAUUACUAUUUGGCCUAAAUUCUUAUGGUUAGAUUAUUCAAAGCUUUUGGACAAUCCUGAUGAAUAUACUGUUUAAAGAAUGAAGGUAGAAGGUUAAAGAAGAACAUAUGAAAGUAAUUUUUUAAUAUUAUUGUAGAAUUACAUUUUAUUCGUGCUUCAACUAGAUUAGAAAGAUGUUUAGAACUAUACUUAAAAUGA